AUGGAUUUCCUUCAGUUUUGCUCAUCGGAGCGGUACGUUAGCCGUGUGCCCGUUCACAAUCUUUCCUUCCGCAUCACACUGUGGCGCGCUCCUCUUGUGGGAGAGCGACAACUGGAGCAAUUGUGUACUUUAACAGUGCCAUGGGGUGGGAAAGUAUUUUCCCCUGCGGAGAGGUUGCAAAAGAUACGCACCGGCGUCGCCAUGACCACUCCAGACAGUAACGCAAGUACACGUGAGAUACACACCGUUGUGCCGGGUCGGAGAGAAACCGAUGGGGAUGCAGCAGCUGCUGCCGAUGACGUUGAGAAACUGCGGGAGGAUAUCGCUAAGUUCUCAUGUACUUUCUUUACUCGGCCGCCUAGUGAGGAUUACGUCAGUGAGGCGAAGGAGAACUUACUUGUGGACCCACCGCAAGCAGCAAGUCCACAUGUCCAAAUAAUCUUACGUGAGCAUCAAAACCAGCACCAGGAAGGCAACAGAAUGUACUUCAUGUGGGCUUCUGGGGAAAUUUUGGGGCCAAGUGAGGGGAAGUUUGAUGAUGCACAGUGGAAGGGACAAGAACGUGUCAUAUGUACAAUAACGGCGGAGCGAAAUAGCUUGUGUUUUACAGCCAAGCCUUCUCUCAACAAAACUCACACGCUGUUGGUGGACUCUUUGUAUGUGUAUUCCUUUGUUAUUACUCCACUGCAGGCCUGUGAGCCACGCCCCGACGAGCCAACAUCAACCGAUUUCGUAGAGCAAAUACACGAAAUGGUCGCACGUAUAAAGGACGACUUGAAAUCGCCACACUUCGACAGGCGAGGUAUUCUUCACCAGAUACUUUUGCAACAGCUGCACACAGCUCCUUCGGAUGAGCUGCCGCCGCGCCUGGACAGUCCAUCGUCCCCCUGCUUUCCCCAGUCUGCGAUACGUGACAGUCGUGUGCGAUAUUACUUGUUUGGAGUUGUUGAGCGCUGCACUUGUGUUGCCGCAGACACACUCUACCUUCAUUGUCAAUGGCAGCGUGGGGGCGAUAACGAAGAUGAGGACGACAAAAGAAACUUAUGGAAUGAGGGAACACUGGAUGGUUUCACGACUCAGCUCUCCUUUGCUAGCAGCAUGAUUAUGGAUCAGUUUAUCCCCGUGUCCAUGCAUACCUUCAACACCCCAUUUGAUUACCAUUUCGAUGGAUGGGGCCCUUCACCACUGCGCCUCCUCAUCACGGCUUAUGAUGAUGAGGGAUUGUCAGUUGGCGGACCACAGUCACCAAUCGGUUACGCUGCGGUAACGGUACCACAUUUCUUGCCAGGUUGCCAUCCGCUUCGAGCCCCGCUGUGGCGCCCGCGGCCAACAGGCCGUGAGUUUGUGCGCUCAGCACUGAUGGGUGGCGGGCCGGCACUUGUUGAUGUGCGUGACACCGCGCCCCGUGGUGGAGGCGGAAUUUCGGUAAAAUGUGGCCUCGUUUCGGAGCCGACCGGGACGGUGGAGCUGCGUGUGACGGUGUUUCAUCAAGUGGGACCACUCUAG